GCCGGAGCUGCGACGCCGGGCGCGCAGGUCCCGGGCCGGAGCCCCGUCUCCCAGGAGUUUCAGCCGCAGAGCCCUGCGCCUCCCGCGUCGCAGUUCCAGCGGGCGCCACCGCCUGUGCCCCCUGCCCCAGCUUCUCCCCGGCAUGUAAAGUCGCCCGUCCCUCCUCGGACUUUGCAGAGGCAGCAACUUUCCUUAACCGCGGUGCGGAGCCGGGGCAGUUCGCAACACCUCGGGCCAGCCCCUCGUCCCGCCGCCCAGCAUGAGCGACGAGAGCCGCGGGGACGGCCGCGCCGAGAGCGCCAAGGACCUGGAGAAACAGCUUCGCCUGCGCGUGUGCGUGCUCAGCGAGCUCCAGAAGACCGAGCGCGACUAUGUGGGCACGCUGGAGUUCCUGGUGUCGGCAUUUUUACACCGAAUGAACCAGUGUGCAGCAUCAAAAGUGGACAAAAAUGUCACAGAGGAAACAGUGAAGAUGCUGUUCUCCAACAUUGAAGAUAUCCUUGCAGUCCAUAAGGAAUUCUUAAAAGUUGUGGAAGAAUGCUUACAUCCUGAACCUAAUGCUCAGCAAGAAGUGGGAACCUGCUUUCUUCACUUUAAAGACAAGUUUCGUAUCUAUGACGAAUAUUGUAGUAACCACGAGAAGGCACAAAAACUGCUUCUUGAACUGAACAAAAUUAGAACAAUCCGGACCUUUCUUUUGAACUGCAUGCUUCUUGGAGGACGGAAGAACACAGACGUUCCCCUGGAAGGAUAUUUAGUAACACCGAUACAAAGAAUAUGCAAGUACCCUCUCCUUUUGAAGGAGUUGCUGAAGCGGACUCCAAGGAAACACAGUGACUACGCAGCAGUGAUGGAAGCCCUCCAAGCCAUGAAAGCUGUCUGUUCCAAUAUCAACGAGGCCAAGAGACAGAUGGAGAAAUUGGAAGUUUUAGAGGAAUGGCAGUGUCACAUUGAAGGCUGGGAGGGGUCCAACAUCACUGACACCUGCACUGAAAUGCUGAUGUGCGGCGUCUUACUGAAAAUUUCUUCUGGAAAUAUUCAAGAACGGGUGUUUUUUCUUUUUGACAAUCUUUUGGUGUACUGCAAAAGAAAACACAGACGGUUGAAGAAUAGCAAGGCAUCUACAGAUGGACAUCGGUACCUUUUUCGUGGCCGGAUCAACACAGAAGUGAUGGAAGUGGAGAAUGUGGAUGAUGGCACAGCUGACUUCCAUAGCAGUGGACACAUUGUUGUGAAUGGAUGGAAGAUACAUAACACAGCCAAAAAUAAAUGGUUUGUGUGUAUGGCAAAAACACCAGAAGAGAAACAUGAAUGGUUUGAAGCUAUUUUGAAAGAAAGAGAACGGCGAAAAGGUUUAAAAUUAGGAAUGGAGCAAGACACCUGGGUAAUGAUCUCGGAACAGGGUGAGAAACUUUAUAAAAUGAUGUGCAAACAAGGAAAUCUGAUCAAAGACCGAAAAAGAAAACUAACUACGUUCCCUAAAUGCUUUCUUGGAAGUGAAUUUGUAUCCUGGCUGUUGGAAAUUGGAGAGAUUCACAGGCCUGAAGAAGGUGUUCAUCUGGGACAAGCAUUAUUAGAAAAUGGGAUCAUCCACCAUGUUACUGAUAAACAUCAAUUCAAACCAGAACAGAUGUUAUAUAGAUUUCGCUAUGAUGAUGGAACAUUUUAUCCAAGAAAUGAGAUGCAGGAUGUGAUUUCAAAGGGCGUAAGAUUAUAUUGCCGUCUUCAUAGUCUAUUUACUCCAGUGAUAAGAGAUAAAGAUUACCAUUUAAGGACCUACAAAUCAGUCGUCAUGGCCAACAAACUGAUAGACUGGUUGAUUGCACAGGGGGACUGCCGCACCAGAGAAGAGGCCAUGAUAUUUGGCGUUGGACUCUGUGACAAUGGAUUUAUGCACCAUGUCCUUGAAAAAAGUGAAUUCAAAGAUGAACCCCUACUUUUCCGUUUUUUUGCUGAUGAGGAAAUGGAAGGAUCCAAUAUGAAACACCGACUUAUGAAACAUGAUUUAAAAGUUGUGGAAAAUGUUAUAGCUAAAUCAUUAUUGAUUAAAUCCAAUGAAGGCAGCUAUGGUUUUGGGUUAGAAGACAAAAAUAAAGUUCCAAUAAUUAAGUUGGUAGAAAAGGGGUCUAAUGCCGAGAUGGCUGGCAUGGAAGUUGGGAAAAAGAUUUUUGCUAUUAAUGGUGACCUAGUUUUUAUGAGACCUUUCAAUGAAGUGGAUUGCUUCCUGAAAUCAUGCUUAAACAGCAGAAAACCUCUCAGAGUUCUUGUGAGCACAAAGCCAAGGGAGACAGUGAAAAUCCCAGAUUCAGCUGAGGGACUUGGAUUCCAGAUCCGAGGAUAUGGCCCAUCAGUUGUGCAUGCGGUAGGAAGAGGAUCUGUGGCCGCAGCAGCUGGUCUUCACCCCGGACAGUGUAUUAUCAAAGUAAAUGGGAUCAAUGUCAGCAAAGAGACACAUGCCAGUGUUAUUGCACAUGUCACAGCCUGCCGGAAAUACAGGAGACCAAUGAAGCAAGAUUCCAUCCAGUGGGUUUAUAAUAGCAUUGAGAGUGCACAAGAAGACCUUCAAAAGUCGAACUCCAAACCCCCUGGAGAUGAUGCAGGGGACGCUUUUGACUGCAAAGUAGAAGAGGUAAUCGACAAGUUCAACACCAUGGCUAUCAUCGAUGGAAAGAAGGAGCACGUGAGUCUGACAGUGGAUAAUGUCCACCUGGAAUAUGGGGUCGUGUAUGAGUAUGACAGCACAGCUGGGAUAAAGUGCAACGUGGUCGAGAAGAUGAUCGAGCCCAAAGGUUUCUUCAGCCUCACUGCCAAGAUUCUUGAAGCCCUGGCUAAAAGUGAUGAUCAUUUUGUACAAAACUGCACCAGCCUUAACUCUUUGAAUGAAGUGAUUCCUACUGAGCUGCAGAGCAAAUUCAGUGCCGUUUGCAGUGAAAAAAUUGAGCACAUAUGUCAGAGAAUAUCCAGUUAUAAAAAGUUCUCUCGUGUACUAAAGAACAGAGCCUGGCCCACCUUUAAACAAGCCAAAUCGAAAGUCUCCCCAUUGCACAGCAGUGACUUCUGCCCUACCAAUUGCCAUGUCAAUGUGAUGGAAGUUUCUUAUCCCAAGACAUCGACCUCCCUGGGGAGUGCAUUUGGUGUUCAGCUGGAUAGUAGGAAGCAUACUUCUCAGGAUAAAGAGAACAAAUCUGAGCAAGGGAAGCUGAGCCCUAUGGUGUACAUUCAGCAUACGAUUACAACCAUGGCCGCCCCCUCGGGCCUGUCUUUGGGACAGCAGGACGGCCAUGGGCUCCGGUAUUUGUUAAAAGAAGAAGACUUAGAAACCCAAGAUAUCUAUCAAAAACUGCUGUGCAAACUUCAGACUGCACUGAAAGAAGUGGAGAUGUGCGUCUGUCAAAUAGAUGACCUUCUGUCUUCGAUAAUGUAUUCUCCUAAAUUAGAACGUAAGACGUCAGAGUGCAUAGUCCCAACAGACAGUGACAAUGAGAAGGGAGAGAGAAACAGCAAACGAGUCUGUUUUAAUGUGGCAGGAGAUGAGCAGGAAGACUCAGGUCACGACACUGUCAGCAACAGAGACUCCUACAGCGACUGCAACAGCAAUCGGAAUUCAAUCGCCUCCUUCACUAGCAUUUGCAGCAGCCAGUGCAGCUCGUAUUUUCACAGUGAUGAAAUGGACUCAGGUGAUGAACUUCCUCUGAGUGUUCGCAUUUCUCAUGAAAAACAGGAUAAGAUACAUAGCUGCCUUGAGCAUCUUUUCAGCCAGGUGGAUUCCAUUACCAAUCUCCUAAAAGGGCAAGCUGUUGUGAGAGUCUUUGAGCAAACCAAGUACCUCACCCCAGGUCGAGGAUUACAAGAAUUUCAACAGGAAAUGGAACCAAAGCUGAGUUGUCCAAAAAGGUUAAGACUUCACAUCAAGCAGGACCCUUGGAAUCUUCCCAGCAGCGUCCGGAGUCUUGCUCAGAACAUCAGAAAAUUUGUUGAAGAGGUAAAGUGUAGGAUACUUCUGGCACUUCUGGAAUAUUCAGACAGUGAGCCACAGCUCCGAAGAGACAUGGUUUUCUGCCAGAGCCUUGUGGCGACAGUCUGUGCCUUCUCGGAGCAGCUCAUGGCGGCUUUAAACCAGAUGUUUGACAACAGCAAGGAAAAUGAGAUGGAAACGUGGGAAGCCAGCAGAAGGUGGCUGGACCAGAUAGCAAAUGCAGGCGUUCUUUUUCACUUUCAGUCUCUUCUGUCACCCAACUUGACAGAUGAACAAGCCAUGCUAGAAGAUACACUGGUUGCACUCUUUGAUUUGGAAAAGGUUUCUUUUUACUUUAAACCAUCAGAAGAGGAACCACUAGUUGCAAAUGUUCCUCUUACGUAUCAAGUGGAAGGAAGUCGACAAGCUCUGAAAGUUUACUUCUACAUUGAUAGUUAUCAUUUUGAACAACUGCCUCAACGGUUGAAAAAUGGAGGAGGGUUCAAAAUCCAUCCUGUUCUUUUUGCACAAGCACUGGAGAGCAUGGAAGGAUAUUAUUAUCGAGACAAUGUUUCAGUGGAAGAAUUCCAAGCCCAAAUAAAUGCAGCCUCAUUGGAAAAGGUCAAGCAAUACAACCAGAAGCUCAGGGCAUUCUACUUGGACAAGUCAAAUUCACCACCAAACUCCACAUCCAAAGCCGCCUAUGUCGAUAAGCUGAUGAGGCCUCUUAAUGCUUUGGAUGAACUGUACCGGCUGGUAGCCUCGUUCAUCCGAUCCAAGCGCACAGCUGCCUGUGUGAACACAGCGUGCAGUGCCUCGGGAGUGGGGCUGCUGUCGGUGUCGUCGGAGCUCUGCAGCAGGCUGGGGGCCUGCCACAUCAUCAUGUGCAACAGCGGUGUGCAUCGGUGCACCCUGAGCGUGACCGUGGAGCAAGCCAUCAUUCUGGCCAGAAGCCACGGACUGCCUCCGCGCUACAUUAUGCAGGCUACCGAUGUGAUGCGGAAGCAGGGAGCAAGAGUUCAGAACACAGCAAAGAAUUUGGGAGUGAGAGACCGGACCCCACAGUCUGCUCCCCGGCUGUACAAGCUGUGCGAGCCGCCUCCCCCAGCUGGAGAAGAAUAAAGAGAACCUCAAGGAACCGAAUGAGCAGAAGCUUCUGAACACUGGACUAGAUAAAGGGCAGUCUGGCGAAACACUGUCCACUCAAGAUAAAGACAGGAUUUUUUUCUCUAAAUCUUUCAUCAUGAUGUAAAUAACUCAUAUUCAGCUUGUACUUAGAUAUUUCUGCUGGGAACGGAUAGAUGUUCAUUCAGGCAGUUCAGCUUCACAAACUGAUUUCUCUUUGUAUUGAUGUGAACUCUUCAUUUUUAGGGUCAGAUGCAUCCCUGGAAAUUACAGAAGAAAAAAAAAGAUACCAGAGGAAAAAAAAUUAACCAUCGUGCUUCCUCUCCCAUUUAUGCAAAUUAUUUUAUCGUGUUCUAUUUUCAUCUUCUCCAAAUGGUAACAUGUAAUAAUGGAUAUUUUCAUUUGAAGAAGGAUGUCACUGAAGAAACAUGGCCACAUUUUCUAACUCAUACAGAAAUGAUACAGACAAUUUAGACGGGGUGUUGUAGGUUCUCAGUUCCCCUGCAUCAGAGAAAGUCGUUUCUGCGUGAAAAGUGAAGAGCAUGCUUUCCUCUUUCUAAGGACGUAUUUCUCAGUAGAGGAGACAGCAAUUGAGGCCUCCAGCAAGAACUUCUUCCAGCUGCUUUCAGGCGUCCUUUAUGCUCUGGACAGUUCCAGAAGCUGGCGCUAUUGUGCGUCUCGGAAAAGGGCAUGGUCCCUUGAGCCAUGUGUGCUGUGCGUGACAGAGGGGGCCAGGGUGUGCCAGGGAUUGGGAAGGUGUGGGACGGAAAGUGAGGGUGGGAAAAAUAAGCCUAUUUAAAAACUCAACCGUUAACUUAGAAAGAUACCUAAAACUCUUAGGCUUUCGUAUGAGAUGUCAGACUCUUAAGAGAAUCCACCGUGCUGAGUAUUUUUUUAUCAAGGUAUAUAUAUAAGUUGUGAAAAUAAAGCUUUAUGUGUUGAACUUGAAAAGGACUAUUAGAGAUGUUGGUAAUUUAUGGAAGCACAAGAUGUAUUCUAUUUUCAUUCUAAAGUAUAUGUAAUGUUUAUCAUUUCUAUGUGGAUAAAAUAAUAUGGGUGUGUUAGCAUGGUGAAUAUGGUAAUAUUGAUUUGAACUCCAUGAUUUUCAAAACAAUGAAAAUGCCCUUAUCAGGAUUGUGAUAAUUAUUUGGAUUUAGCCUUAUUUAGUAUGUGAACUGCUUUUCAUAGCUAAAGUAUAUAAAAACCAUCGUUAAAUUUUAAUUUACAAAAUUUGUUCGUGGUUUUGAAACUAUCAUUAAAAACCUUCCUCACUAGCAGUUGUGUAUUAAACAACAAAAAUACUGUUUACCUAUGUAUGAGAUAUUUAUGCACCAGUCAAGGUAACAGUUAUUUGGCACAGAAGUUUUUGAGACUUUUGCUAUAAGGCUAUAGUAUAAUGAAAAAUAAAGAACAUCAGAGUUUUCAAAGGAAAGGUUGAACACUUUGAAUUUAAUGAAGAUAUGACCCUAAAAUGAAUAUCUAUGUUAAGUAUAUCCUUAACUUAGAGCAAUUUGACAUUCUAGGUACUAUCAGCGAGUGAUCCUAAAGGUCCGUGAUAUUAGUACAUUAUGAUUUUCCUGUACUAUCCAUUUGAUUAUGUUCCAUGUAGGGCUAAUGAGUGAGCAAAUCUGAUUAACCAGCAAGUUCUUUUCACAUUAUCAUUACUGUUUUCUAAUUACUCUCCUGGAAGCCGUAAUCUCUCAGAGGGAUGAAGGGUCACUUAAACAUUUCAGUCGCACUUUGCUAUGUUUCAUGGGGGUAAUUAUCUGCUAUUGUGGUAUUUAUAAAUUAGCUUAUUUUUAAGGAUCUGCUUUCUGUGUAAUAUACUGUGUUUAUUAUUAUUUUAAGGGUUCAACAGUGUAAGUAUACCAUCGACUUUAAUAAGUGCUUGGCAUUUAUUAAAUGGCCCAAAGUUAGUAAUGGUUUAUCUGAUCAUUACUCACUGUCAGUUUUGAUUGUAAUAACUAUUGUAGAUAAAACUUAAGUAAUUCCUGGGUGCCAAGCAAUAUGUCCACGUCCUUCACCCCUACUUCGUUGUUAUUUCUUCGCUCAUUCUCAUAAGGACGAUUUGAGGUGGUCCUCUUUCCAUCACCCCCUUUUUACAGCUGAACUAAGAGAAUGGCCCAGUGAUGUGGCCAAGACUACACGACUGCCAAGUGAUAGAACCAGGAUUGGAACCCAGGAAGUGUGCCUUCUGAAUACAUUAUGCUGCUUCUCAUUACCGCAAGAACUGGUGUAAUAUAACCAGUCAUUUGUUAGUAAAGUUGAAAUUCUGUGGCAUGUGUUGCCAUUCAAUUAUACAUCUUAUUAUAUGGAGAAACAAGGGAAUGGAAAUAUGGAAAAGGCCUUUAAAAUAUGAAAAUCUUAGAAUGUGCUGGAUAUUUUACCAUUCUAAAUAUACAUUUUGAGGUAAUCCAACGCUGUUGCAAUCUGAAAAAGUGUAUUUCUCAUAAUUGAAGAUAACAGUUUUAGAUAUGUUUUGAAAGUCUGGAAUGGUACAUCAUAUAAAAUUUGACUGAUUCCAAAGCAGUAGUAACAGUAAAAAAUGUCGAAUGAAUGAAUGAAGACAAUUUUUUCAAUACCAUAAUAUCCCUCCGUGUGACAUUGGGCAUUGAACUGGCCUUGCGUGUUUAGAAGAGAUUCACCUAAAUGCUCACUGACUCCUCUACAGCCAGUGUACCUUUACACCUUGCUGUAGCCUGCUAACAGUUCUCCCAAGUUCUGAGUUUUGGCAUCUGCCUCUCUCUACCUGAAAGGGAAGUUCAUGCAUAGAAAUUUUGGUUCUUAACCUGGGGCCUGACUCAAAACUACUUGUUAACUUAACUAGUAGCUUAUAAGCAAUACAUCUUAAAUAUUUUGUUACAUCUUACAAAGUUUUCUAAUAUUAAAUAUUACAAAAUUUAAUAUAAUAUUAGAAGUAUGGGCAAUUUUAGGAGACUAGAAUUUUACGUCUAUUCCCAAUUAAUAUUUAACACGGAUGAGAGAGUGAAGAAAAGAAUUUCUGUACUAGUUUUCCUUAUAUUGGAUAUGUAAUGUUGAUUUUAGAAUAUAAGCUUUAUUUUAUGAACCAAUACCCCAAUCUAUUUUCUGUCUCUUGAAAUCAUAUUUUUCCAGUGGCUUAAAUUCAUUGGCCACCCUUCUUGCAGCAACAAUGUUCAAUGUAAAAUUAGUUUAAUUUCUUAUGAUACUAUAAUAAAGUUAGCCCUUGAACAACACAUGUUUGAACUAUGUAAGUCUACUAACACAUGUUUCUUUUUGAAUAAAUAUAAUACUAUAAAUGUAUUUUCUCUUCCUCAUGAUUUUUUUAAUCACAUUUUUUCUAGCUUUAUUGGAAGAAUACAAUAUAUAAUACACUUAACAUACAAAAUAUGCAUUAAUCAACUGUUUAUGUUAUCAGUGAGGCUUCCAGUCAACAGGAGGCAAUGGAUAGUUAAGUUUGAGGGGAAUCAAAAGUUAAAUGCAGAUUUUGGACUGUGUGGGGGAGUUUCUGCACCCCUAAUCCUUUCUGUUGUUCAAGGGUCAGCUGAAUAUGAUAUUGCAAUGACAUCGGUUCUGAUUCUAUUCAUUUAAAUUUUGUGUUAGUUAAAUUCAGAAUGUAAUGAAAUUGACCUUGGCUCUAACUGUAAAAGCCAAGAAAAUUGAUGGGUGAAAAAAUACCGAAGGGCAUACUAACUAAUUUUAGAAAAUAAACUAUAAGUUAUACAGUAAAAAAAAAAAAAUAUAUUGACUUGGAAGCAUUCAGUUGAAAGUUACUCCAUGUAUUUGAAAAUAUAUAUUUGUACUUAAAAUACUAAUGUAUUCUUCCAUUAGUUAAUGUAGGUUUUUUCCUAUAGAGCAUGAUUUAGUGCAGAUUCCAGGGCAUAUUUUUAUUCACUUGUCUUUUUGAAAACAACAUAAUUUUGGAAUGAAUAACCUUUAAGUCAUUUUACUUUACAUUUUACUUCUAAGGACAUUUUUAGAUUUUCUUCACUAGUGGUAUUGACUAAUAUUGAAACUAACCUUUUAGUCUGUGACUGAAUUGUUUCUGAAUUUUUGGAAACUGUUGAAUUUUUAGAGACUUAUUUUUAAGUGAAUUAUUACACUGAAUUAUAGUUUAAUGACUUUCCCAGAGCCUGUAAUUGUUAUUUCAUUAACAUGCAAAUAGAUUAACCAAUUUGCUGACUGAAUUGUCAGUUGUCCUGCUUCAGUCUAGAAAGGCAAAAGCUUUUCAAAUGGUGUAGGGUGAUGUAAACUUUGAUUAAGAAAAAAAUAUUCUGCAUUCCAUCAGGGUUUUGAAGUUUCAGUGAUGAGCCUCAGAAACGUUCACCCUGUAUGAAGCAGAAGGGAUGGGUGAAAGUUACAAAAGGAGUCUGGGCCAAGAAGGGGUGCAGGCUGAUUCCUUUACCAUCCAGCGUCCACAGUCUCCUUAGGUGCUGCAGUUUCAUAACUGUUAUUCAUUGGACUUUGGUUGUAGAAAACUUUCACUACUUUAGAGCUCUGCCUUUAGCAGUGAUCUCAGCAUAUGGCCGAGUUGUGUGUGCAUGGCAGACUAUUUGGGAUGGCCUGUGACUCCUCUAGCUGUUACCUGGACACACGGCCUCCUUCACACAGGAUCGCUUGCUUCUCUCACUGAGAAGAGACAUCUAGAGUCUACUAAGAUACAUAAAGAUACAUACAUUUUGUAUACAUUAUAUUUACUAAGUUUUUGUUUUUAUGAAAAUGCAGCAUAAAAAUUACUUAGAUUCUUACGUCUUGUUUUGGACGAAGACAUGACAUACGGAGUUGUUCAGUAUACUGAAUGUGUUUUGUUGACAUCAGAGUUGUCUAAAUACACAGGAAACACAACUUCUGCUCACUGACAUUAGUUUGUUAGUCAAUCUGGAGUCAAUUUACCUGACGUUGCUAUCCAAAAGAAAUAGCUGAUGAGUAAUAAAAGUGUUAAGUCUUUAUAUGAUAUUUUUACUAGAAAUAGUUUUGGACAGCAAAUUUGGGCUGCGCAUAGCUGAAUUAAGGCCAUCCACUUGUGUAUUCAUUCAACAAACGUGUUUGAGAAUUCGCUGUGUACAAGGCACAGGCAGUGGGCCUCCUGUAUGUAUUGGAUGUGUUUGGUUUGAAAAGCUUCACAGUUUCUCUUCUGUGUUAAUGAUCACCUGUGUCUUUUACUUGAAAUCACAUUAUUUGUAACGCAAACCUAUUCUAAUACGAGGGAGGUAUAUAUGCUGUAUGAAGUCAAGAACACUACGUUGAUACAACACUUUAGAAAAGAUACAUUUAAAUUUAAAUAUCUAAUGCCUCAAGCAAAUUUAUUAGAGUUUGAGAUGAAUAUAUAUUUUUGUAACUUCCCAGUAAAUAACUAGAACAUAGCUUUUGCUUAAAAAAAUGUUAUAAGUAUUCAUUUACACAGUAUUCAUUAUUUUAAAUCGUAAAAUAUCACAUUGGUUCUAUAAAUAGUAAUUCUUUUGAAUGUAUCCAUAUUUAACAUUGUAUAACACCAAAAAUGAUGACAAAUUUCAUUUGAAUGUGCUGUUAUAGUAGUCUACUGUUUCCUUUGUAAAAUACACAUGUAACAUAGUUUCAAUCACUCAGUAUUUUUUGUAUGGGUAAAAUGAUCAGUGUGCUAUGUAUUUUAUAUCAUUUAUUUUUGCGUAAAAAACUAGAAUAGUAACAUUGUAUCAUAAAUGUCAAUA